AUGAGCUAUAACUCGAUUGUCUUUCGUGAAUUUACACACGAAUCAUUUCAACGUAUUGAACUUUAUCGAAAAGAAGAAGCUGAACGUAUUGCUUCUGAACAAUUAGAACAACAAAUAAUACGUGAGGACGAUAAUGAUGAACGUCACCAUAUGAUAAAAUCAUCGAAAGAUGAAUCUAUUGGUUCUAAAGGAGUGCCUAAUAAAGAAUUGGCCGUUGGAGAAACAUUACCACGAGUUUUACAACAUAAAUUCCCACCUGAACUUAUUGGAAUACCAAUUGAAGAAAUCGAUUCUUAUUAUCGUACAGACUAUGCAUUUGUGGUUAUCAAUCGAAAUAAAACAAUAUUUCGAUUUAGUGCAACCUCAGCUUGUUAUAUAUUUUCUCCAUUUAAUUGUUUUCGACGUGUAGCCAUACGUAUAUUAACACAUCCACUUUUUAGUACAUUGGUUAUGCUUACUAUUUUAACUAAUUGUGUAUUUAUGACACUUAAAAAUGCACCGGAAGUGAAUGAAUAUGUUUUCACAACAAUUUACACACUUGAAGCAUUAAUAAAAUGUGUUGCACGAGGAUUCAUUCUACAAAAAUAUACAUUUUUACGUGAUGCAUGGAAUUGGUUAGAUUUUAUUGUAAUUACACUUGCAUAUAUUACAUUUUUUAUCGAUUUGGGAAAUGUUGCUGUACUACGAACAUUUCGUGUAUUAAGAGCAUUAAAAACUGUUGCAGUUGUACCUGGUUUAAAAACAAUUGUUGGUGCUUUAAUACAAUCUUUUAUUUCUCUACGAGAUGUAUCAGUUUUAUCAAGUUUUAUUCUUUCUAUAUUUGCUUUGAUCGGAUUACAACUUUAUAUGGGCGUUCUUCGUCAAAAAUGUGUACCAACUUAUGAAUCUUUUUUAAAUAAUUCCAAUCCUUCCAGUAUUGGAUUUAAUAUGACAUAUGAAGCCUAUGAGAAAGAAAUCAAUAAUGAAACUUAUUGGUAUAAAGAAAAUGAUAUUUUUCUUCUCUGUGGUAAUGUCAGUGGAAGUACAAAAUGUCCUUCGGGUUAUGUUUGUUGGAAAAAUCGAGGCAAAAAUCCUGAUUUUGGAUAUACCAGUUUUGAUAGCUAUGGUUGGGCUAUGCUUGCGUGUUUUCGAUUAAUGACACAAGAUUAUUGGGAAAAUCUUUAUCAAUUAGUACUGUCAGCAGCUGGUCGUUAUCAUUUUCUAUAUUUUGUUGCUGUCAUAUUUUUUGGUUCAUUUUAUUUGGUUAAUUUAAUCUUAGCUAUUGUCGCCAUGUCUUAUCAACAACAACAAAAACAAGUUGAAGCUGAAAAUGAAGAACGUGAAAGACGUAAAAUUCAAGAUGAUCUUGAAUUACAAAAUGUAGAAGCACAAGAAGCAUUUGAAGCUCAGACACUUUUACAUGUUGAUAAUGCGCAAUGGUUUGAAGAUCAAAAUCGUAAAACUUCAUAUUCUGGUGUUUCUCUUGAAUAUGAACAACAUGGAAAAAAAAAUGAACUAAAUAACAUACAAUCAUCUCAAGCAUCAUCAUCAUCAAUGGUUCAAUUUCGUAAGUCAAGUUUAAUUUUGUCUGAUGCAAUAGUAAAUGAUGCGUUAAUAAUACCAUUUUUUGACGAAACACAACAAAAUUCAACAAAUGACGAUAGAAAAAAUCACCGAAUAAGCGGGUGUUCUUAUUUAUCAGGACAAAAUCAAAAUGAUAAUGAUUCAACUGUUAUACUUUAUCAAGACGAACCUCAUAUAAAAUAUGCUCCAGUUACUGAAAUAUUACCUGGUCAAGAAUCGGACAGAACAAGUGUUCGAUCAAAAAAUAUGGAGACAACCAAUAAAUGUAAAGAAGCAUUAGUUAAACUUCUACGAAUUUAUUGUUGGGAAUGGAGUUGUAAAUCGCCGAUAUUUCAAAAAUUUCAAGCUGCUGUUGCUUUUUUUAUAUUGGAUGCAUUUGUUGAUUUAUUUAUUACAAUAUGUAUUAUAUUAAAUACAUUAUUCAUGGCACUUGAUCAACCUGGUCAAAGUGAAAAAAUGACACGAAUUUUAACAACUGGCAAUUAUGUUUUUACAAGUAUAUUUGCAGCUGAAUCCAUACUAAAAAUAAUUGCAUUGACACCAUCUAAAUUUUUAAAAAAUGGAUGGAAUGUAUUUGAUUUAAUUAUUGUUACAGUUAGUGUUAUUGAAUUAGGUCUUGCUGGUGUUAAAGGUUUAAGUGUUUUACGUUCAUUUCGAUUAUUACGUGUAUUUAAAUUGGCGAAGUCUUGGCAAACAUUAAAUCGUCUUAUGUCAAUUAUUGGUAAAUCAAUAGGAGCUUUAGGAAAUUUAACAUUUGUUCUUGUUAUUAUAAUAUUUAUUUUUGCUGUUAUGGGAAUGCAGUUAUUUGGUCAUAAAUAUGCAGAGAAAUUUGGUAAAGAUAUGCCAAGAUGGAAUUUUUUUGAUUUUUUUCAUGCAUUUAUGAUUGUUUUUCGUGUCUUAUGUGGUGAAUGGAUUGAAUCAAUGUGGGUAUGUCUUGAAUGUGUUGGAUGGCCAUGUAUUCCAUUUUUUCUACUUACAUUUAUUGUUGGUAAUCUUGUGAUAUUAAAUUUAUUUCUGGCACUUUUACUUGCAUCAUUUGGUUCAAAUGUUUUAACUGAAAAAGAAGAUGAUGAAAAUAAAAUUGGUGAAGCAAUUGAUCGUAUUCAACGAUUUUUACAUUUUCUAAUUGAUUAUAUUUGUCAUUUAUUUUGUCGAAGAAAACAACGACAACAAAGGACUUCUAUCAAAAACAAUAUCAAUGAAUCUACAGCUGAUAAUCAAUCACUUUCCGCUGGACAAGAAUCAAUUAGUUAUCUUCCUUUACCAACAUCAUAUAACUUAGAAGAAUCCAAUAGUUCAGCAAUUGUAACUAAUGAUUUAUCACUACCAUAUGAAGAAAUUGAAAUGCAACCAAUGAAUAAUAAUUCUAUAACACCUCCUCCAACUUGGCAAAUUCUUCAUGUAUCACCAGAUUGUUGUCCUCAAAUGAUAUCAAAACAUUUUUCUUGUUGUGCAAAAUGUAUUCCAAAACUUAUUCAAAAACAAUGGACAUAUCUUCGUAGUUUAACUCUUCGUUUCGUUGAACAUCGUUUUUUCGAAUGGCUUAUUAUUAUUAGUAUAUUAGCUAGUAGUACGACUUUAGCUUUAGAAGAUGUAAAUACACGACAACAACCAACAUUUUCUGAAGUUUUAGCUGCAUUUGAUAAAAUUUUUACAGUUAUUUUUACAAUAGAAUUAAUAUUAAAAUGGUUUGCAUAUGGAAUAAAAACUUAUUUUACAAGUGGUUGGAAUUGGUUAGAUUUUGUUAUUGUAAUUGUUAGUGUUCUUGGAACUGCUCUUGAUGUGUUUGGUGUAGCUGAUAUUCCAGCAUUUAAAUCCAUGAGAACAUUAAGAGCUUUACGUCCAUUAAAAGCACUAUCAAGAUUUGAAGGAAUUCGAGUUGUUGUUAAUGCAUUAUUUGGUGCUAUACCAGCAAUUUUUAAUGUUUUACUUGUUUGUCUUGUAUUUUGGUUGAUAUUUUCGAUUAUGGGUGUACAAUUAUUUGGUGGAAGAUUUUAUAAAUGUGUUUAUGUUGAUACACAUGAUCGUGUUAAUAUAUCAGAAAAUGUAACAAAUAAAAUUGAUUGUUUAAAUAAAAAUUUUACAUGGGAAAAUUCACGAGUUAAUUUUGAUCAUGUUCUUAAUGGUUAUUUGGCUUUAUUUCAAGUUGCAACUUUCAAAGGUUGGAUUGAAAUAAUGGCUGAUGCAACUGAUGCCAAAGAAAUAGACGUUCAACCACAAUAUGAAACUAAUGUUUAUAUUCUUAUUUAUUUUGUUUUAUUUAUUAUAUUUGGUUCAUUUUUUACUCUUAAUUUAUUUAUUGGUGUUGUUAUUGAUAAUUUUAAUCAACAAAAACGAAAAUUAAGAGCUGAUGGUUCAAUAGAUAUGUUUAUGACAGAAGAUCAAAAAAAAUAUUAUAAUGCUAUGAAAAAAAUGGGUAAUAAAAAACCGACUAAAGCAUUGCCAAGACCUAGAUUUGCUCUUGCAAGGUUUCUUUUUGAUGUAACAACAAGUCAAAAAUUUGAUAUAUUUAUAAUGAUAUGUAUUUUUCUUAAUAUGCUUUGUAUGUGUCUUGAACAUUACAAUCAAAGCGAUACUUUUGAUCUUGUUCUUGGAUAUAUUAAUCAUUUUUUCGUUGCAGUAUUUACUAUUGAAUGUAUUAUGAAAUUGAUUGCAUUAAAUUUUAAAUAUUUUACUAUUCCAUGGAAUAUAUUUGAUUUUGUCAUUGUAAUUGCAUCAAUUCUUGGACAAACAUUAGGAGAAAUUAUAGCAAAAUAUUUUGUUAAUCCAACCUUAUUGCGUGUUGUUCGUGUUGCACGUGUUGGAAGAAUAUUACGUCUUGUGAAAGGAGCAAAAGGUAUUCGAACCUUACUUUUUGCAUUAGCUGUUUCAUUGCCUGCUUUAUUUAACAUUGGUCUUCUUCUUUUUCUUGUCAUGUUUAUCUAUUCGAUAUUUGGCAUGUCAUUUUUUGGUUAUGUAAGAAAAUCAGCUGGCAUAACAGAUUUAUUUAAUUUUGAAACAUUUCCUAAUUCAAUAAUUGUACUUUUUCAAAUGUGUACAACUGCUGGUUGGUCUGGUGUUUUUCAAGCAUUAACAAAUGAUCAACCACCAGAUUGUGAUCCAACUAUAAGCACACCAUCACAUAAAGGUGAUUGUGGUGAUACGAUUAUUGCAACACCAUUUCUUGUGAGUUAUGUAAUAAUUACUUCUCUUGUUGUGGUAAAUAUGUAUAUUGCAGUAAUAUUAGAAAAUUUUUCUCAAGCACAAGAAGAUGUACAACAAGGCUUAACCGAUGAUGAUUAUGAUAUGUAUUAUGAAAAAUGGCAACGUUUAGAUCCAUCAGGUUCACAAUUUAUACGAUAUGAUCAAUUAUCAGAUUUUGUUGACAAUCUUGAACCACCACUACGUAUUGCUAAACCAAAUCAAUUAGCACUUGUUGCUAUGGAUUUACCAAUAUGUGAACAUGAUCGUAUGCACUGUGUUGAUAUACUUGAUGGUCUUACAAAAUAUUUUCUUGGUACACUUGAUAUACCAGUAGCAAGUAGUGACACUGAUGCACCAAUUGAUAUAAAAAAAGAUCGUCCAAAAGAUUAUCAUCCCAUAACAACAACAGUACAACGUCAACGUGAACUUUAUUUAAGUCGAAUGGGUUUAAAAGGUUUUCAAGCUAAUGUUGAACGACAUCGAAAUGAACGAAAAACUCGAGAAUCAAUACUUGGAAAAGUUACAACUAAUGAACUCAUUGAAUCAGAUGAAUUAAAAACACCAACAUUAGUAUUCGACAAUAAUCAAGAUCAUUAA